CCCGGAACCAAAACAUUGAAUCACUUCCUUUCCUUUGAAAACAAGCCACGCCUUCUUCCACCCAGUUGUCAAAACAUAAACAGACAGCUACAUGAGUGGGAGUCAACCCUAAAGAAGUUUGGGAGUCAAACAAGAAUAAUACGUUAUUCUUCGAGCGUUUGGAGAGCAUCUUGGAGAACAGCCAUGGAAGCUCAGCUAAAGAAGGAGCUGGGAACCUCCAUGCUGAAGUCAACUGGCCAUUCUGGAGGAGGUUGUAUCAGCCAGGGACAGAGCUUUGAUACUGACCACGGGAGAGUGUUUGUCAAGAUCAACCACAAGAGUCAGGCGAAGCGUAUGUUUGAUGGGGAGUUGGCUAGCUUGGAAGCGAUCGUCAUGACAGACACAGUGAAAGUCCCCAAGCCUGUCAAGGUGAUAGAGCUGGAUACAGGAGGGGCUGUGCUAGUCAUGGAACAUGUUGACAUGAGUGGUCUCAGCAGGCACUCUAAGCAGCUGGGAGAGCGUCUGGCUGAUCUGCACCUACACAACCAGAGACAAAGGGACAGACAGGAACAGCAGACAUUGAACGAAAAAGGAGCUGAUGUUCCUGUCAUUGACCAGUUUGGGUUCCAGGUUCCCACUUGCUGUGGAUACCUCCCUCAGGAGAAUGAGUGGCAGAGUGACUGGGUGACAUUCUACUCUCAGCACAGACUACAGCACCAACUCAACAUGGUGGAGAAGUCUUAUGGAGACAGAGAGGCCAGGGAACUAUGGUCCCAGCUACAGCUGAAAAUCCCUCAGCUGUUUACCGACAUCGAGGUGUUCCCCGCCCUGCUUCACGGGGACCUGUGGGGAAACGUAGCAGAGUGUUCCGACGGCCCUGUAAUUUUCGACCCCUCCUUCUAUGGCCACGCUGAGUAUGAGCUGGGCAUCGCCGGGAUGUUCGGAGGGUUCAGCGACUCCUUCUACGCGUGGUAUCACGACAAGAUCCCCACCCCGGGGUUUGAGAAGAGGAAUCAGCUGUAUCAACUCUUCCACUAUCUGAACCACUGGAAUCACUUUGGUGGAGGAUACAGAGGGUCCUCACUGAGGAUCAUGAAGGAUCUGGUCAAAUACUGACCACUGAUCAUAUAUGUACAGUAGCAUAAUGUACAACUACACUACCCAUAAUGUCUGUAAAACAUAGACACAGAAUCACACUGACCAGCUUGAAUGACCUCACAAAGUCUUACACUACAGCCUAGUCUUCCAUCCAGAAGGGAACAA